GCAUAUGCAACGUGUCAAAAUAACUUUUGUUGUCAAUUGUUGUUUUGCUGUCAAAUUUUUUUAUUGAAAAGUGCAAAAUUCAUUUCGUAUUUGUGUAUUACAAUUAAAUAAGUUGAAAUCAUAAAUAAUUAAAAGUAAAAUAAUAUAAUGGCUGCCUCACAACCAGUACGAACAAAUUGGCAUCCGACCAAAAAGCAUACUGAUGUUGAACGUUGGAUUUGCAUAUAUCCCGCAUACAUAAAUAGUAAAAAGACACGUCAAGAAGGACGACGUCUACCAAAAGAUAUUUGUGUGGAAAAUCCAACCUAUGCUGAAAUACGUGAUGUCCUAUCGGUAACCAAUUUGCGCGUUGCUGUGGAAAACAAGCAGUACUCCAGGGAGCGCAGCAGGGAGCUACAGAUGCGUGGUCGCAUACGUGUACAAAUGCGCAACGAUGAUGGCACGCCAUGCAAUGCUGAAUUGGGCUCCCGUGAGGAUCUGAUGCGUUAUGUAUCGACAAGAAUACCGCAACUGAAAACACGUCAAGGCAAAACUGGUGAUCAUCAACAACAUGUACAAGCACAACAAUCUGCUGGUGGCAAAAAGGGCAAAGGCAAGAGGCGUUAAAAGUGCAUAGAAGUUAAUGUAUUGCAACACAUUUUGUUGUAGUAUAUUUGUAAUACAAUGUUCAAGAAUGUGAAAAAUGUAAUUGCAUAUUUGAAAGUGCUAGCGCUAAUAAGUAAAUUUGCAUUUUUUGUUUUACAUACAAUUUGUUAUUGUAACUUAUUUUUUAUGAAUAAAAUUUAAGAACAAUUACUUGGAUUAGUGGUGAAAUGUC